GUUGCUUGCGAGCCAUAGAUUAUUUUGCGAGUGUAAAUUGAAGUUGGCAGGUUUUGCACUUUCACAGAUCGUAUGGGAACCAUUCUUGUAAGAUGCAGAGGAUAUGUUUCUUUCUUUUUUAGCUUUUUUCUGUAUAUUGUGACUAAUAGCUGUUCCUGACUUUCUUUUUUGUCGAUGUUGCAGUUCUUAUCCUACUUACUGUAGCCACUUGAGCUUUGAAGUUCCAUCACUUGAUAAGGUAAAAACACAGGUUACAUUAUCCUCAACAGGGAUGAAAUGAGACUUAAUACUUCCUUUUAAAAACUCUGGCUGGGCCAACUAUCAUAUUUUUGUGCACUAUGAAAUAGACGUGCAUUAUAUUCCUGACUCUUUGGAUCUCAUGUCGCAUCUAUCUUUCGGUUGUUUCAGCUGCAUGUAUAAAUAUUCUUAGUCCAGUUAUUUAGCUGUAUAAUAUAACAAGAAAAUCAUAUGUCGAUUUGGAUAAAAUUUGUGCAGUUGUUAAUAAUUUUACGGAGUGGCUUAAUUAUGCAUACUGACAUAUCAAACUUCCAAAAGAAUAAGAUUUUGUUAAAGUUCAUUUGGUAGUUUGUGUUGAUUCAUUGGGCAUGAUUUCAAAAUUUUGACACCAGUGCUUUUUUGCAUAUUUUCUUUAUAUUUGUCAAAUUAUUGAAUUUUUUUUUGUGCUACAUGAAUCACUACGAAAAUUUUAGCAUGACUGUGUUUCUUGUUUAUUAUGAAUUGCACAUGACCCCAUUUUGGGGUGAUCAGAUUUUUUGAAAUGAAACUAUGUGCUCUGUGUUAUUCUUUAGACUAGAGAUUUUUGUCCUUGUGAUCCAUGGUUUUUGAAAAAUUGCUAAUCAACGAUAUCAGAUUCAUGAAAUAGCAUAAAGUCACUGUGCAAUUGAAUCCUGGAAAAUUAGUUAGAAUUAUUAGAUGCUUGGUCGUUUCAGUCAUCCUUUUCCUGCAUUGUCUAGGAGACAGCUCUAUCCAACUAUUUUUAUUCUAUUAUGUCAUUUAUAAAGGAUUAUUGUAUGUUUGUUUUUCACAAACGUUCUCAAAUGCCUAUAAACCAAGCUGGGUUUUCCAAUGUAAUCGGUUGGAAUUUUUUCAUGGUUUUUGAUAGAUAUAUUAACUUCUUAAAAUUGCUACUUGCUAGUUGGGGAGUCUCGUGUCUUUUAGGCCUGUAAACCAGUUGAACCUGAUCGGAUCAGCUCAGAUAGGAUUGGAUCUCAGAUCAAAUCAGUCUAGACCUGAUCCAUUUACAGGAUCAGUUUGGUGCCAUGUUGAUGGCAAAUGGGUGUUUUUGAUUUUUUUUUUCUUGCUUCUAAGAACUUUAACAGUCAUGUUUGUGCGUGAUCUUGUCCUUCUAUUAGGAUUUAGUCGCAUAGUUAUAUUACAGAAAAUGUUAUUGAGUUAUGGUCUUUGCAGGCUUCCUUAAAAACGCUGAGGUAUUUAUUAAUCAGUUCUUUUACCUGUUGGAAGCUAUAGUAUCCUCACUUCAUUGCAUUGGACACUUAUCACAAAAGCAGCGACUCCGAAGUUUGAUAACUGGAAACACAAAUCUGACCUUUAAAUCCCUUUCCUGCCACAACACCUAAGCCCGUGAAUUCUCUUUCUUUUCAGGACCGUUACACCAUCAACGAUUUCUCCUACCUCUCCAAUAAGGUAUCCGUGGCUCACAUUCGACCAGUCAAUGCUCGUCACCCAGGCUAUUGAAUGGUAUUUGUUAUAAUAAGCUCCAUUUAGACUAUCUGCAUCGUGAAUGACAGUUGACUGCAUAAGUAGCUGGUUUUGUGGUUUUAUGUUUGGAAUCCCUUCAUUCUUCCCACGCUUUUGCUUCUUCGUCUCAUUUAUCUAGCAAUAUUGUCUCACAUGUCUCAUACUUCACACUUUCCAAUCUAACCUUAUUAGUUCUAGUUUGUCACAGCCGAAAGCAAAGGGAGAAAUAAUUGAAUUCUUUCCAGCCAAUUCUGACAUAAAAAUUAGCGUACUACAUCUUCUUUGGAGAGACUAAACUUAAGAGGCCAACUCUUUGGUUAAUUUUAGUGUCACUGUAUGAGACUUCUUUGCCUAAAUCCUGUAACAUGUCAUUGUCAAAAACUAGACACUUUUGCAGCAAGCUCUGUUCCCUUCAUGUUUGAUGUAGCAGAAACCUCUCCCUUUUGUGCUAAUUAGCACACUGGUUUCAGAGCAAAAGUCCCAUUCACAUGGGCUCCUUUUGGUUGUAACCCAGGUUCAUGGUGCAACAUUAUCUUUUAGAUUCCAAUCACUUUAUCUGCCUCUUAGUUGGAUCCAUUAUUGCCUUCCUUUACCACCACCAUCUUUAGUUUGAGGUCCCUCGUCAGCUCAGGGAAGAUAUCAGAUAUAAAGCAUGCAUUAUGAAGGUGAGCUAUUGAGUUGUUAUAUUUGUUAUUUGAUAUUUUUCCGACGAAACCUUACUAAUUUUCUACUUCACUUUUCUAUUCCAUGAAUUUAUACCUAUAUUCUAACAUAGGAAUGAAGUCAGUGGAUCAUGUGAAGUGCAGAGUCUACAUGAACAGCUCUCUUCCUUACGUGUGUAACAUGGCACUGCUCUGCUCUGCUCUUUUGUGCACGUAACAGGCAUCCCCAACCAUUACAAGCUGUGGCUUGCAAGAGACGGGGCGAGAUGCUUUACGUCUCAAGCCACGAUCUACGGAUCGGACGGUCACGAUGGGGAGGAGAAGAAUCCAAAAGCCCUAAAACUGGUGCCGUUCAGGAGAUGGACGUCUGAGAUCGGCCCAUCAGGACUCCUAGAUGCGUGUUUCCACACCAUGGGCUGCCAUAAAUAGCGAGCGAAGGUCGCCUCCUUCCUCAGCAAGCAAAAGGCGCGACAUGAUAUAUACACGAAAAAUUAGCGAGGAAGGCAUCCACCACCGCCUUCAACUCCGUCUCCAUCCUUCGCCGUCACCGCCUCCUCUUCUUCCUUCCAUCUCCCACUCGAUCGAACACAAGUUUCAAGUCAUGCUGAGUUUUCACUACCCUUUAAUCCAAUGAAGAUCUACUGUUUCACAAGCUGGUUCGAGAAGGUCGUCACCAAAGAUCUCAUUUUGGUGGAGCAUCCACACUGUGAGACCUGCACCUGAUGUUGGAUUCCGUUCGUACUCGAUGGAUGGCAUGGAUGUGGCCCGAGAACGGGAACUUGCAUGUUAUAAGGCCAACCGUGUGUGAGACUUGGUUGGUCUGUGAUCCGGGGUACUCGGUCGCGGCCCUGUGGUAAUUAACAGAUUGUGUUCGGUAGAGUUCGAAGAGAGCCACCAAAGACGUCGAUGCGAUGACGAAUACUGCCAUGGAGGAGGAUCCCCACAGUAAUGUCAGCAGCAGCAGGGACAGGUACGCUGAGUUCAUGAAGGACUCCUGCUGCGCCCGCUACUUCCUCGGGCCGAACCCCUCCAUUGCGAGGUUCGUCUACGCUCUCAUCUUCCUCGUCACCUGCCUCCUCGCGUGGACCGUUCGAGACUAUGGCCGCAAUGCCCUCUCCGAGCUCGAGAGACUCAAAGGUUGUCAUGGUGCUCGAUAUUGUUUAGGCGCGGAAGGUGUACUCCGCGUAAGCUUUGGCUGCUUCUUAUUCUUCUUUGUCAUGUUUCUGUCCACCAUGGGGACGAAGAAACUAGAAGACUCUCGGAAUUUGUGGCACUCCGAAUGGUGGCCUGCCAAGAUCAUCAUUUGGAUUGUCUCCAUGGUGGUACCAUUCUUCAUACCCUCUGCAUUUAUCCAGCUCUAUGGGAAAUUUGCACACUUUGGUGCAGGCGCAUUUCUUAUGAUUCAGCUUAUCAGCGUAAUCAGUUUUAUAACUUGGCUAAAUGACUGCUGCCAAUCUGAGAAAUAUGCAAAGAGAUGCCAGUACCAAGUGAUGGUUCUCUCAGCCACAGCAUAUGUUGCAUCCAUCUCAGGAAUUAUCUUGAUGUAUAUCUGGUAUGUGCCCAGUUUAUCCUGCAGCCUCAAUAUCCUCUUUAUCACCUUGACCCUGGUGCUUCUACAACUCAUGAUCCUCACAUCAUUGCAUGCGAAGGUUAAAGUAGGAUUUCUGGCACCAGGGCUGAUGGGAAUGUAUGUUGUGUAUCUUUGCUGGAGUGCAAUCAGGAGUGAGCCACAGACAGAGAUCUGCAAUAAGAAAGCAGAAGUUGCGACAAGUGCAGAUUGGCUUACUAUUGUGAGCUUUGUUAUUGCUGUCCUUGCAAUAGUCAUUGCAACAUUUUCAACAGGGAUAGACUCCAAAUGCUUUCAGUUCAAGAAAACUGAAGCAGAGUCAGAAGAUGAUGUUCCCUAUGGGUAUGGCUUCUUUCAUUUUGUCUUUGCUAUGGGAGCAAUGUACUUUGCCAUGCUAUUUGUGGGAUGGAAUGCACAAAACACCAUGCAAAAGUGGACAAUAGAUGUUGGAUGGGCCAGCACUUGGGUCAGAAUUGUCAAUGAAUGGGUAGCAACACUUGUCUACAUAUGGAUGCUGGUUGCACCCCUUGUGUGGAAGAGCAGAAGGCAAGCAGAUCCAGUAUAGGACAUGAGGAUUGUUCUUGAUUUCUUGUGUAGAGAGUACAUAGGGAACUGCUGCUUCUUGUGUAGAGAGUUUCAUAGAAUCAUCAUCAGCUCCAGAUCUCUAUAUGUCUAGCAACUGCAUUCUAGCUGGUACAAGUUAGAUUGUCUCAAGCAUCACCCACAACACAGUGGUAUUGAGUUCACAGCAUCAGUUGUGAUGGAUCCCAAAGCAUUCUUUGGAGACUUUAUGAGUUGGCUGCAGGUUUCAGGCUGUGGGUGUGGAUGCAAUGGCAUACACAUCCUCUGGAGUUGCUCAAGAGCCAGAAAGGAUUGUAUAUAUCGCAUAUCAAUUCUUUAAGAAUACUAGAAUCUCAAAUUCAUAUAAGCAGGGAAAUGUAAUAGGGUUGUGAUGUCCAAAUGGAUGUCUGAGUCUAGUAUAGCUGCUGUUUGGUGCCAUCUCAGAAAUGCAUAUUUCUGCAUCUUCCUGGUAGGAAAGCAGAAUUCUGAUCCAAACAUGUUGAGCAAAAUGUAACAGAUUCUUUUUCUUUCCAUUAUAUUAUGAUUUCCUGUUCUUGUUACAAA